UUCGAUACAUGCAACAUUCGACCAUAGGAUACCCAAAUACCCAAAUACACCUGCGCAUUUAUUAAUAUUAUCCUACUGUAUUUGCCUAUCAUGCCGUACAACACCCGUCGCAAAUCAUUGUCCUUGCCAUCACUCGGAAUCCACAUCCCAGUAAAUCGGUCUUCAUCCAAUAAUUCCGGUAUGGCAAGCUCUAAAUCGUCUUCUGAAAGCUCAUCGCAUCCGAACAAGAAGCUUAAACGGUCUCACAAUGACUCGGCCCAGUCUGCUGCUAGCUCUGUGCCUCUUUUUAAACAGCCCACCGCCUCUGCCAAGUAUGAUCACACACCACCACCCUCCCCUGGACUUCAGGUCUCUAUUGAAUUAGACGAAGGGCUUCCUGAGAUCAGGAAAGUAGAUCUAGAAGGCAUAAACGAUGAGAUUGUGGAAGCUGUCAUCGUGCGACUUGAGGAAACUCGUAAUCGACCGCAGCUAGUAAAGGAGCUGGCCUCUGUCCUUAUGGAGAAUGUCAAAAUCGUUCAACAAUCUGCCAACCCCUGCGCUAUCAUUUCCUCUCGAUUGUCUACAUAUCUGAAACGAUCUUGUUGGUCUGCAGUGGCCCCUUGUCCUUUGGCCAAAGAACUCGAGACCGUCCACCCGAGGCGCACAUACUUCUUCCUAACAACGUGCCCUCGCCUACCUAUCCCAGACCCCUCCACUGCUCGUGGUAUCAUCACACCGUCGUUGUCAAGCUCGGCUUCUGCGUCCGAGGAGGCUGAUUGCGAUCGGAGAAGAGAGCUUAGUUUGUCGCCUGAAGUCGAUCUCUCUUCGCCUGAAUUUGACGACAUGGAUGAGGACGUGCCGAUGCCGGGUACUCCUAUGGGAUCAAUAUCAGGUAGCCACCGCUCUCUUAGUAUGCCACGGAAUCAAAGGGGUGACGAGCCCCCGCUAGAGAAGGAUGAAAAAGAAUUCACGCAAACAGCCGAUGGAUUGCAAAAGCGAAAGGCCAACGGACACCUGCUUCGGGCCGAUCCCGUCGACCAAGUAACAAUAGAUGACGGCAUGCAACAUGAGCAGCUAUUUGGCGAGCCUCCCAGGACUCUCGCCCCAAGUUUCCUACCGCACAUGGCGUUCAUGACUAGCCCUGCCAUGCGACCCAGCUUGAUAAUACCGAUGAAGAGAGAUAUGGAAGUUGAAAGUUGGACCAAAUUCGACAACAUCCUUGACUGGGAUAGGAGUCCCGAGACAAUUGAGCUUGACGAGCUUGACGGCUUACUUGAUGAUUUCUAAAUGCUUAAAUUUCUCAUUUUUACAUAUUUUGUCCCUGUUGAGCGAGAGGCUGUCCAUGCCACCGGCAUGUGAAUCGCCUUGUAUGAUGAAUUAAGAGAGACGGCCUUGG